AUGAUGAGGGUUUGUGCCUGAAAGUGAUGUAUGUCAUUAUGUAUAUAUUAGACAGUAUGGAAAUUAAACCUGUUAUUGCUCUAAAAGUUUUUAUGAAGAAGUACCUAGAAACUCCGAACUUCUUUACAUAUUCCUUUGACAUGGUAAAACAGAAUAGGUGGCCCUCGGGCCAUUAUUAAACUUUGCCCCUGCACCACUUCUUACUAACCUCUCGAUAUAACUGUGUGGUCAAUUAUAAGAAGCUUUCAAAUUAUACACUCAUGAAUUUAAUACAAAUCUUUAUGGUAUUAUGUUAAGGUUAUAUAAAACAACAGUUGAGGAGCUUAGCACAGUUUACUGUAAAAAUGUACCGGUACCCCUACUUAAGGCUUAAUAGCAUUUCAUAUACAAGUGCCCUUGAUCUCUGACUAUUGAUUGCAAUUAACUUCGAUGUUUGAAGUCCAGUUACCACUGGUUGAUGGCCAAGUAUUGACAAGUCCAGAUGUCGGGACACAGGCAUGCUGAAGAUGUUGGAGACAUGGUAGACAGGAAAGUCAGCAGGGCAAUGAGAAAGAUGGAAAAAGCGAUGGCCAAGGCUGCAAUAGCUGAAAAAGAAGCUAAGCGUGCAUAUAAAUCAGGCCGGGAUGUCCCUGAUGGAGUUACUUACACCACAGAUAAACAUGGGAAUUUCAAGGAAAUUCAUCGUGUUCGCAGUUACGAGGGAGAUGUAAUCAUUGUGAAUGGUGCUGGCCAAAUUAAAGUCGGCUGUCGAGAGCAUGUUACCAAAGGCCCUGGUGGUUACAGAGAUGAGGACAGCAGUGAUGAAGAGUUAGCGACCAGUCGCUCACGACACAGACAUGGGGAGCCUGCAAGGCAGGAGCCUGGGGUGGACUCAAACAUACAGAGGCUUCUACAUACAAACCCGAGCCAUGACAUGCCAACAUUUGUCACUCCAUUUACAGAGUCCACACGACCUGUAAAUUCAGACGAUCUCCAAACUGUCAGUCAAUACAUUGGACAAGAUUGGAGACGAGUGUUCCGAAAUCUUGGCCUUGAAGAUGAAACAAUUGAGGAGGUACGUGAGGACCACUAUGUAGGGGGUUUACGUCAGAUUGUGUACGAAGGACUCAUGUUGUGGUCACGCAGACAACUGGGGACAGUGGGGGCGCUAUCGGCCGUGUUACACCGUACUGGGCAGACAGUGGCGUUAGACCACCUGAGUCCUUGAGAACAUACGGGAAUUUCUCAGUUUUUUGGUUUGGUUCUAUUUAAAAAUGUGAUGGGCAUAAUUAUGAGAUGUUGCAAAACUUUUGGGAAAGACUUUAAUUCAUGUGUAAUAACAUUGAAAUGCACACUAUAACUGGAAGUUACCUUCAUUUUAUGAAUAAUUGCUUUGUUAUUUAAAAUCAUUCAUCAUUUCUCUCAUGUGGUAUGGUUGCCAUUAGCCAUCAUUUAUUUAUUAAUGAUAUUUGUCAGGCUUAUAAUGAAUGACCUGGAUUGUAAAUUAUAAAGUUUUGUUUUGAGUGAAUUACAUUGUAUAGAUUUGUUUGACUGUUUUUUUAAUUUUAUUUCAUGAGAUCAGAAUUUGAAAGUAACUGAUCGGUUAACUGUCGUGCAAUAGAACUUGUCAUUUCCAUUUAUCAGGGAUCAUCUUGUCAUAACUGCUAAUUGUGGUAAUUGUAGCGUAUGAAUGUACAUAACUGUGUUUAUUAUUAUGUAUAUCAACUAUACCAGCAGCCAAUUGUAUACAUCUAGAUAACUCAUAUCCAGCAGAUAACUUUUGGUUAUCUUCCAUUUUAGGAUAUCUUUUUUGGUUAGCAAUGUAAAAACAAAGAAAUAUCCAAUAGGUGCACGUUUUUGUUAUGUUUAGGAGAAGAUUUAGCCAAGGUAUUUGACUUUGGUUAUCUUUACAUGUAUCAAAAUAGAGGUUAUCUUAAGGAUUGGCUAAACGUUAUCCAGAUGAAUACAAUUGACUGCAGCUGGUCAACACAUUGAAAGAAUAAAAUAAGAGUAAAGAAA